AUGAAAGAGCUGCCAGAACCCAGUCGUCGCGGUCCACGAGUCUGGAAGCUGACUGCCAUCCAUGUCGUUAUAAUAAUCGCCUUCUUCGGCCUCUUACUUGGUGCCUAUCUGGCUUCUCGCAACACCAACAAAGCUCGUCCUCUGUCGAAUGCCCUCAGCAAUGGCACCUCUGUCUUCGCACCCACUACCAUCCUCAUAUCGCUAGACGGCUUCCGCGCCGACUUCCUUCAUCGCAACAUCACGCCAUCUCUGAAUGCCUUUGUCCAAGCUGGUGUAUCACCCGAAUUUCUCAAUCCAAGCUUUCCUUCAAUCACAUUCCCAAAUCACAUGACGCUUGUUACUGGCCUGUACCCAGAAUCCCAUGGUGUGGUGGGUAACAGCUUCUGGGACCCUCAUUUGAAAGAGGAUUUCUUCUACACUGACCCCGCAAGAAGCAUGCAACCCAAAUGGUGGAACGCAGACCCUAUUUGGGUCACUGCAGAAGAGCAAAACGUUCGCGCUGCCAUUCACAUGUGGCCUGGAUCUGAAGCACAUAUUGGUGACAUUGAGCCUACCUAUGUUGACAAGUACAAAGGCCAUGAGCUGCUUGGCAAUAAGGUUGAUCGUAUUCUGGGUCUGCUUGAUCUUCCUGGGCCACUCGACAAGGAUGCAAAACCCGAAAGUCCACGACCGCAAUUGAUAGCCGCCUAUGUGCCGGAUGUUGAUCGUGAUGGUCAUUUGUAUGGUCCAAACGGCACUGAAAUCAGAUCUACCAUCUCUAGUGUCGACUCUAUGUUGGGUGAGCUGUUCUCUGGCCUAGAGCAGCGAAACCUGACCGAUAUCGUCAACAUUGUCAUUGUGUCCGACCAUGGUAUGGCUACGACCUCAACCUCUCGCUUAGUCCAGCUCGACGACAUCAUCGACAUGUCUCUUAUUGAGCGUAGCGAUGGAUGGCCAUUGUACGGAUUGCGUCCGAAGAACGACUCCGACAUCGAGCCUUUGUACAACCAUCUCAAGCAGGAAGCAGCUGCAAUGGAAGGAUUCGAUGUCUAUCUAAAAGAUCGCGACAUGCCCGAACGUUAUCACUUCUCGCGUAAUGACCGCAUCGCGCCUCUGUGGGUAAUACCCAGGACUGGAUGGGCUAUUGUGGUCAAGGAGGAAUUUAACGUGAAAGAGGCUAAAAAGACCGGCCAAGUUUACCACCCUCGAGGUGUACACGGAUACGACCACGAACAUCCGCUCAUGCGAGCCAUUUUCGUGGCUAGGGGACCUGCUUUCCCUCACACGCCUGGAAGCAAAGUUGAACCCUUCCAGAAUAUUGAGGUCUAUAAUCUUGUCUGCGACUCCGUUGGCAUUGUCCCUAAGCCGAACAAUGGCACGCUUCGCUUACCGCUUAAGCCUAUUGGUUUGCAUGACUCCAUGCCACCUACAGAGAUCCCGGAAGACAUGCCCGAGGACGUGCCAGAAGAUGUUUCCUCUACUUCUAUCGAAUCUAGCGAAACAAUCCCUUCCGCUGCGGCUUCUUCUACGACUGUGACGCAAGUGGCCGCAUCCUCGACGCCAGCGUCACGACCGGCCAUUGCCACCACAGAGGCCGCUGCUCCAUCGCGACCCGUCAUCCACGACGAUGUCAGUCCUGAAGACGAAGACAAGGAUGGUAAAGACACGAAUCUCUGGUGGGACUGGGUUAAGGGAAAACUUGACGGCGCCAAAGAAUGGGCGACCGGACUUUACGAUACAGUAUCGGACAAGAUUUCGAACACUGCUGCAUCUCCUUCGGAGGGCAGUGACUGA